AAAUGAUGAUAAGCUGAUGUUUUAGCAGUUUUUAUUUGUCAGUAUUUUAUUGCAGACUUUUUUUUAUAAGUCUGAUCAUGAUCAUGCUCACUUUACGUAUGAAGUUAUUGUCAACGUGUUUAAGACGGACACAUUUAUUAUUUUUCCGUAAACAAUACACAGGUCUGACAUGCUGUGUCCAUUUGUCCAGUUGUCAUGGAUGCCAUGAUGUGUGUUCCCCAACAUCGUAUUGUCAGAGAAAGUCUUUGCUGUCUACACAAACAUCAUUUUUACCCUGUAUCCUGCCCAGUCAUCCGUGUCUAAGAGGCUACGCAACAGAGAAGCAUGAUAAAUCGGAAAACGGUGUAUCGAAAGAGAAGACAGUCAAAUCUGGUGGUUAUGAACCUAGUGAAACUAGGGAUACAAAAUCAGAUGAGAUCUCUGAUCAAAAUAUAUCUGUGUUUCAACGAUUCAAGAAAACCUACAGAGAGCAUGGGAAAAUUCUUGUCUGUGUUCAUGUUGCAACUUCAAUAGUGUGGUUUGGUUCCUUUUACGCACUUGCAAGUAGCGGCAUUGACAUUGUAUGUUGGCUGGAACAACUGGGACUGAGUGAAACCAUUAUCAAGCCAUUCAAGUCUAGUAGUGUGGGAUUCAUCGCUGUGGCGUACCUGAUGUAUAAACUUGCUACCCCAGCGCGCUAUACAGUGACGCUGGCAGGCACUAACAUUGCAAUUCACUAUCUACGAAAAGUGGGCAAGAUGAAUCCCGUUCCAGAAGGUCACCGCAUCCGAGAGCUGUAUAAAGAUGGAAAAGUGGAACUCCAUGAAAAGGGAAGAAUGCUGCAGAAAAAGAAGAGCUUUAAAAAAGUUAAAACACGUAUUUCUGGAACAUCGCAUAAAGGACAUUCACAUGACAGAAGAUAAUAUACUCUUUUGUUUUUUAUUUUAAAAGAAAACAACAAAAAUAUUUGCAAUUAGCAAAGACAGACGUGUGCUUUAUUGUGAUGCAUUUUAUUAGAAUUAUACAUACAUAUUAAAUGUAUUUUAUGUCUACAGUCAGUUUCAAUAUUUGAAUAAUUAUGCAAGAGGGUACAUAUGGGUCAUGGAAAUUUUGGAAAGUCUUUGAAUUUGUAAUUCUUUUUUCAGGCCUGAAAAAUCAUGGAAUUUUUAAUUUGGUUUUGGAAAGUCAUGGGAAAUCUUUUUGUAUAUAUGCACUUUCUUAUAGACCUGACAGUGCAUAUGACAAACUUUGAUGAACCAGUCUAAGUACUGGUUGUGACGUGGAAAAACCUGAGUCUGUAGAGGGUGAUUGAUCGCACCUCAGGCCCGUCAUUCUCCCACUGAGGGGUGAGAUGUAGUCCAGUGGUAAAGCACUUGCCUGAUGCACAGUCAGUCUAGGAUCAAUCCCUGUCAGUGGACCCAUUGGGCUAUUUCUCAUUCCAACCGUGAGAUGUGUAAUCUUGUUUGUGGGAUCGUGCAUAUAAAAAAAUCCCUUGCUACUUAUGGAAAAAUGUAACAUGUUUCCUCUCUAAAACUAUAUGUCAGAAUUACCAAAUGUUUAAAAUCCAAUAGCUGAUGAUUAAUAAAUCAAUGUGCUCUAGUGAUGUCAUUAAACAAAACAAACUUUAAGGAUUUCUUCCACUGAACUACAUCCCACCCUAGAAAGUGGAGGAUUUUUAACAAAUUUGUAAGCGUAUGAACUCUGGUCCCAUAUGAUACUUUGUGUCUGUAUUUGUUGUUUGUUGAAGGUGAGUGUGGUCACUCCUUUAGUUUUGUGUUUUAAGGCCAUCCAUAAAGAUAACAGAACCUACUGCAUUGCGUAUGAAGAGUGGGGUGGGGGGUGGGGGUGGGGGCAAUUAGAUUUAGUUUGUCCAUUUGUAAAUCAGAGAUGUUAAAGGGACAGACCCUAGUUUCAACCCAUGAAAAUGGACACUAAAUUUGGUUUAUCCACAGACCAGUAACUCAUUGGAUAACGGAGUGAAAACAUUUGGAUAAAGUUACAACAGAGUGAAAACAUUUGGAUAAAGUUACAACAGUGUGAAACAAUUCUAUUAUACUGAAACCGUAAAAUAUGUUGACAUCUAAUAGCCAGUGAUUAAUAAAUCAGUGUGCUCUAGUUGUGUUGUUAAACAAAAUAAAACUGAUGGCAGUGUAAAUUGUGAAAAAUAUGCACACACAUAUACAGUACUAGUAUUUUAACAAUAUUUCUUGGUACUAGUUCUAUAUAAUUCUAUUAGAUUGACUUUUAAAUCCCCAAGGGUGGGACAUAGCCCAGUGGUAAAGUGCUCAAUCUAUGCACGGUCAGUUUGGGGUCGAUCCUCGUCAGUGGACCCAUUGGGCUAUUUCUCAUUCCAGCCAGUGCACCACGACUGGUAUA